AUGGAGCUCUACGACAACCGGUGGUGGUUCAUCGCCAUCUUCACGCGGACGCACCUCGUGGGGCGCUUCGUCCAGCAGCUCUGGCCCAACCUGGUGACCCUCGUCUUCGUCAACCUCGUGAUCAACCUCCUGGACCACCUCGGCGUCAAGUCCAUGCCGUCGUCGCAGUUCGACAUCACGCAGGGCCUCGUCGGCGCCGUGCUCAGUUUACUAUUAGUCUUCCGGACGAACAGCGCCUACGAGCGCUACUACGAGGGCAAGAAGGCCUACGGCGUCGUCACGAACCAGGUGCGCCAGAUCAUCAUGAACGCGCACGCGUUCCUCGCGUUCCACGAGGACGCGUCCGGCCACCUCAACGCGCGGUACCAGCCCGCGGCGGAGCUCCGCGAGCGGGCCCACGAGGCCGAGGUCGUCCACGAGCUGCGGGAGCGCGUGCGGCGCCAGGCGAACGUGCUCCUGGGCGUGCUGCGCCAGGACCUGCGGGAGAAGCGCUGCGGCUUCGUGCCCGAGUGCGCGCUCCACGAGGUGCCCUACAACAAGCGGACGUGGAUCCUGGACCCGUCGCGGCCGCGGCUCGUGGACAUGCUGACGCCCCGCGAGGUCGCGACCUACGGCACCGUGUCGUCGGGCGCGCGCGUCAUGCUCGCGUCGCACUCGCUCAUGGACGCGCUCCAGCGCCUCGCGCCGUCGCUCGCGCAGGACCGCGCGUUCACGGAAUGCUCGACGCGCAACAUCCAGGAGCUUUUAGACGCCUUCAAGAGCUGCCAGCGCAUCGUCGACACGCCCCUGCCCUUCACCUACACGCUCAUCCUCGGCGUGCUCCUCUUCAUCUUCGUCUACUCGGUGCCCGUGCCCGUCGCGUACUGGGCGCGGACGGAGAAGCGGCUCCACUGGUACUCCAUGAGCGGCAUCCUGCCGAGCAUCGUGACGGCCUUCUUCUACUACGGCGUCAUGCAGAUCGCCAUCGAGAUCGAGAACCCCUUCAACUUCGCGGACGUCGACCACGACCUCGACGGCUUCGCGGACAAGCUCCACAGCGAGACGCUCGCCAUCGCGAAGACCGUCGCGCCGCCGGCGGCGCCCUGCCGCGACUACUGGCCCACGGAGCGCGACCUCAGCCGGCGCUACGUCGGCGAGGGCUACCGGCGGACCUACUCCCACCGCUACUCGAAGUUCAUCGACGAGCGGUCCUAG